AUGCUCUUCAAGGAGGACAACCUGCAGGCCGUCAGCGUGGACGAGUACGAGGCCGCCCAAGCAGCUGCAGAGGGCAUGGAUUCGAGCCUUGCAGACAAAAUCCGGUGCCCAGCAGAGCAUGGGAUGGUCGUUGAAGUGGCUGCCGAAGUUUACGAGUGCGAUGUCUGUGAGGCGGACAUUGAAGUGAGCACCAAGCUCAUGUACUGCGAACGAUGUGACUAUGCCAUUUGCGAGGUGUGUGCCGUAGACAUGCUUCGAAGAGAAGCUUUGAAAGUCUGA